AGUGUAUCAUUCCUAAUAGACAAAAAUCAUCGUAUGUGGUUGGGUUCCUUAACGGCGUAGGUCUCCUCGCUUAUCGAGACGGAUACUUAUAUAAAUAUAAAUACGACUCCCUCUUUCGCCUUUCCACACACUCUCCACUCGUUUCAAAUCCUUCAAUUUUUUAUUAAGAAUUACAUCCAUAGCUGUCGGAGAUGGGAUUUAAGAAAGUUUAUAAGGCAUUGCAGGAGAUUUUUCCUGAGGUUGAUUCUCGAAUUCUUAGAGCUGUUGCUAUUGAGCAUUGUAAGGAUGCUGACACAGCCGUCGAGGUGGUCCUUAGUGAAGUUAUUCCCUGCUUGACUAAGCGUCCCUCAACUUCUUCUGAACAUAGUGGGGUCACUGUCAAAUCAUCUGAAGCUGCAGUAGAUGCCAAUGGAGCUCCACAGACUGAUGCUAUUCUUCUUCACAAUACAAAAGACUCAGAUGAAUUGCAAAAUGGCUUAUCAUCCCAAGAUGCUGGUUCUGGACAUCAUCAAGCAAUUGAUGAUACUGAUGGUGAAUCCCUUCAGCAUUAUCAUGAUGCUGUUGGUGGAGAUCAUGUACCGUUUGAAGUCGAUGAAAGUGGUACACCGGUCUCCGUGGAGAAGUGCGAUAAAAGCAAUGACAAAGUUAGUGCCUAUGAAUCCUGCCAAGUCACACAUGUCAUGUCAAAUGCUGAAGAUAGGGCCAUAGAUGAUGUUUAUGAGAAGUCUGCACACUUGCUUGUUGAAAAUGAGAAAUCUGGAGACCCUGCAAGUCCUGAAGCAACUUCUUUCAAAGUAAACAAAAACGAUGGAGCUGAAGUUGCAGACAAUCAGCUUUGUCAGCCUACAGAAGGUGGUGUUCCGCAUACCCUUGAGGGGACUGAUAACUCACCUUCUGAUGAUUCUACUGCACUUAUGCACAAAAGGAUACAUGAAGAAGUUUCUUCAAUAGACAAUCAGGACAUGAAACAUCCUGAGAGUCAGGUUGCGCCCUUGAAUGUUCAAACUUCAACAUUAAGUGGUUUUGAAAGUAGUAUAGAGUUUGUGGUUGCACCAGAUGUGCAUAACUUUGAUCUAGAAAAAACAGAACUCAAUGAUUCAGUCGAUGCUACAUCUAAUAAAGAUUUGGCGGGUGAAAUUCUUGUAAAUGAAGAAGAGUCUAUGCCAAAUUCAGUGGUCACGGCAUCUGGUCAAAUUUGUAGCAUUGACCUUCUCGAGGAUAUGAUGACAGAAGCCAAAAGUAACAAGAAAACACUGUUUUCGGCGGUGGAGUCUGUUAUCUGCUUGAUGAGAGAAGUUGAACUCCAAGAGGAAGCUGCAGAGCAGGCGAAGCUAGAAGCUGCCAACGGAGGACUGGAUAUGCUUAGGAGGGUAGAGGAUCUGAAAGAAAUGUUACAACAUGCCAAGGAAGCAAAUGACAUGCAUGCUGGUGAAGUAUAUGGUGAGAAGGCCAUCUUAGCCACUGAAGUUAAAGAGCUUCAAUCUCGCCUGCUCGGCUUGGCAGAUGAAAGGGACAAAUCUCUUGCAGUUCUUGACGAGAUGCGUCAGACGCUUGAGGUGCGAAUGGCUGCUGCUGAGAAAGAAAUGAAAGCUGCUGAGCAAGAAAGACUAGACAAGGAAGAGUUAGCACGUAAAGCACUCACUGAUCAGGAAAUCAUUAUGGAAAAAGUGGUGCAAGAGGCAAAUGUUCUGAAGCAAGAGGCAGAAGAGAACGCUAAGUUGAGGGAUUUCCUGGUGGAUCGUGGACGUGUUGUUGAUACGUUGCAAGGCGAAAUCUCUGUCAUAUGCCAAGAUGUGAGGUGGUUGAAAGAGAAAUUUGAUGAUUGUGUUCCACUGAGCAAAUCUUUGUGCUCCAGCCAGACCAGCUGUAUCUUAGCCUCAUCAAGUUCAUCUUCGAAGAGUAUUGUACCGGAACAGGUGCCCAAGCCUGCAGAUUUGUUGCUUGCUCCAGAAAAGAUGGAUACAGUAUCUUGUCAUGAGGAGGAGCACAAGGCAUCUGAAGAUGUAAAGUCAGUGAUCCAUAACACGGAUCUUCUGGAUGAUGGAUGGGAAAUCUUUGACAACCGUGAGCUGUGCAUGUGAAUCAAGUGGGUAUAUGUCACUGACUAAUUGACUGCUUGCUUCAGUUCCAAGAUAUCUCUCAUCUAUUAAAUAAGUUUCUGGGUAGAAACAAACUUCUUUAGAAUUCCAGUUUGUUAUGCUCAUUUUGCAAUGUUGGUUGAGAGCUAUUUCAAACCUAAGUAUCCUAUCCCGAUUUUGAAGUAUUUGUACAGAACAAGUAUAUAAAUAACACCCUAUAUAUAGAGAAGUAUAUCAUGUGUUUAGUCAA